CUCUCUCCCCGAAGCCCUCGCCUACACUGCUCCUCUUCGCCUCACUGCUCCUCUCCCGGAAACCCUCGCAUGUGCCUUCCCCACUCUGUGGUUUCGUCCAAAACCCUCGCCUUCCUCACCGAACCCUCGAGAUACAGUCGCAAUUGGAGCUAGCUGAGAACGCGAAGACGGGAUCGCGUCUUACAGAGACCCGAAACUCCCAUUUUUUUUCCCUCCUUCUGCUCCUCUUCUACCCGAAGCCAUCCAGGAAGACUGGCCCUUCAGGCUUCGUAAAUUCUUCUUCCUCUCGGACCUCGCUAUCAUGACUUCGGCUUCGGUUCCUACUGUUAUGGUGGAGGGCAACAAUUUCGAGGACGACCAGCUCGCUGCAAUGACAACUGAUGACAUUACUAGGGCCUCUCGCCUUCUUGACAACGAGAUCCGAGUUCUCAAGGAGGAGCUGCAGAGGACAAACCUAGAGCUGGAAUCAUUCAAAGAGAAAAUAAAGGAGAAUCAGGAGAAGAUUAAGCUCAACAAGCAGUUGCCCUACCUUGUAGGGAACAUUGUUGAGAUUUUGGAGAUGAAUCCAGAAGAGGCUGAGGAAGAUGGCGCAAAUGUUGAUUUAGACUCCCAAAGAAAGGGGAAAUGUGUUGUUUUGAAAACAUCUACUCGUCAAACUAUCUUUCUUCCAGUUGUUGGCCUGGUAGAUCCUGAUAAGCUGAAACCAGGUGAUCUUGUUGGCGUUAACAAAGACAGCUACCUGAUAUUGGAUACUCUUCCAUCUGAGUAUGACUCACGAGUAAAAGCAAUGGAGGUCGAUGAAAAACCAACUGAAGAUUAUAGUGACAUUGGAGGGCUUGAGAAGCAGAUUCAAGAACUUGUUGAAGCCAUAGUGUUGCCGAUGACACACAAGGAUAGGUUUGAGAAGUUAGGCAUUCGACCACCUAAAGGAGUUCUAUUAUAUGGACCACCUGGCACUGGAAAAACAUUGAUGGCUCGUGCUUGUGCUGCACAAACAAAUGCAACUUUUCUGAAGCUGGCAGGCCCACAGCUUGUUCAGAUGUUCAUUGGUGAUGGUGCGAAACUUGUACGUGAUGCUUUUCAGCUUGCAAAAGAAAAAUCUCCUUGUAUCAUUUUCAUAGAUGAAAUUGAUGCAAUAGGAACCAAACGUUUUGAUAGUGAAGUAAGUGGUGAUAGAGAGGUUCAACGAACAAUGUUGGAACUACUUAAUCAGCUUGAUGGGUUUAGUAACGAUGAUCGGAUAAAGGUCAUAGCAGCAACUAACCGUGCUGAUAUUCUUGACCCUGCUUUGGUGCGAUCUGGCCGUCUGGAUCGCAAAAUUGAGUUUCCCCAUCCCUCCGAGGAAGCAAGAGCUAGAAUUUUACAGAUCCACUCGAGGAAAAUGAAUGUGCAUCCUGAUGUCAACUUUGAAGAGCUUGCUCGAUCUACAGAUGAUUUCAAUGGCGCUCAGCUAAAGGCAGUUUGUGUGGAGGCUGGCAUGCUUGCUCUCCGUAGAGAUGCGACUGAGGUGGUCCAUGAAGAUUUCAAUGAGGGCAUAAUUCAAGUGCAAGCCAAGAAGAAAGCCAGCUUGAACUACUAUGCUUGAAAGUAGACUCAAUGUUUUAUUAUUCCACUUUCGUAAGCUCUUUGGUCUCUUUAACACUAUUAAUUUAGUAUUUUGCAAUAAACUAAAUUUAUGAAAUCUGGAAAGAAAAUUUCUACGCUUUGGUUUAUUGUAUUGCCUGAAAGUAGAAAAGAGCUUAUUUUUUGUUAUGAUGUAAAACAAUAGAAUGCUAUAUCUGCUAACAAUGCUCGCUUCAUUA